AUGCCUUUAAUCCAAGAGCUACCGUCAUCUCCAAACGACUCAUUGAUUGAGAAAUGUCUUCGAUCAUUACAGCUCCGAACCCAGGAUUGGAACUGGUUUGUAAGCGCAUCAGACAUCAGAACAGAAUCUCAUCUACAAGAGGCAUUGGAGAUACUCGAGACCCAAAACUCCGAAAUUGGCGACGAAAGAAGGCUUCAAAUCAUCAUCGCUAUAUCUCAGUACGCAAAUGAGAACACCCCUUGGAGCAACACUGAUCUAGCCAGGAAAGCACUCUCAGUCCCUAGGGCCCUUGUAGAACCGUUGCUCCCGAGACUUUUCAGUUAUUUUCAGGAUAGACUCUUGAAAUCGUCACCCAAAGUCACUCUGGAUAGAAAUCCCAGGGCCGCAAAAAAUAGAGGGUUGAGACCGAUCUUGGGCCACUCUACGCCGACGUCAGAGUUGGAUCUCAAGCGAAAAGAAUGGAAAGAGUCCGAUAAUUUGUACAUGAUUGGAUCUGUAUGCUUCUGGAUGCAUUACGACACAUCUCCAGAGUCUGUGGCGCUAAUCGCGGCUUUUACAUUAAAUGUCAUGGAUGAUUCAGACCCAGCAUUUAGAGCACAAGGGUGUUUCCUAAUUCGAAAACUAAUUGAGAAUGGGUUUUUCAUGAACAUACAUAAACUGGGACUUGUGCUGCUUUUUAAAGAAGAAAUCCGUGUUUGUUUUAACUUCUUACCUCGCUUGACACCUGGGUCCAUUUCUCUAGGAUUAAUGAGGGCCGCGUAUCCAACCAUAGUCGCUAUUCUUGAUGAGGAAAAAGAGCAGAAAAAGGAAGCCAAUUCAAGAAAAUAUUUGUCCUACUUGGAGAUUUUAGAUCUGAAUAUUCUCGGGCUGAUCUCGCAUAUUCAGAGCCAUGCAGAAGAGGCAAGCAACAGCCUCAUUCAGUACUUACUUUCCUUCGGAACAGAGUUGAUCAAAAGCAGUAUUGGCGCUGCAGUUCUUGCUUGCUUUUCGCGACUCAACGCAACUCUUUGCCGCCUAAUCACAGACCCUAUUGUCGUCGACUCUGACAAUGGACCUCUUGUGGUCGAAGCAGCCCUCAAUCUACAAAAUACCGUUCUCUCUGAAAUUUUGCAUGCAAAACCGGGAGCUUCAGAUCUCCUUUUGAGUUACAAGUACGAUUUCAUUGCAGCAUGGUCAGUCUAUCAGACACGAGUCUUGCGCUACGGUGUCGGCACUCCCGAGUCGAAAGAAUUGGUCCGUUCAAAUUUCGCCCUUCUUAUCGAAUUGGCCAGGCAAAACGAAACUACAUUCCAAGAAUUGGAGGAGGAUUUGAGAGCAAUUAAAGAGCAAAACACAGAACUUGAGCUGUGCUUUUAG